AUGGCAGCCGACGGACCGGGAAUGCUCUUUGUUACCAUGCAACCCCAUCAGGGGUUGUCGGCGGACCAGUUCCACGAAUGGUACAAUAACGAGCAUGGCCCGACACGCCUGCGUCUGCCGCAUAUCUUCACGAAUGGACUUCGAUAUCGCGCCACCGACGACCAGGAGCCGCAAUUCCUAGCCGUGUACGAUGUGACGUCCAUGGCGCACCUCGAGACGCCCACCUACACCGAUUUGCGGGCGAACCGUUCCCCGCGUGAAGCAAACACUAUCGCCAAGGUUGACGUCAACCGCAAAUUCUUUGAUCUCGUGGCAACGCAGCAGAGCCCCUUAUUUUUACCCAUCGAGAAGCUAACAGACGCCGAGGCAGAGGGGCUUGUUCUCGUAUCGGUCGAGAUCUCGCUUCGCUUGGGCGUCGAGGACGCGGAGCAGGCUGUAAUAGAUUGGUACAAGGAAGAGCACAUCCCAAUGCUCUCCAAGAUCCCAGGGUGGCUACGCAGCCGUGUCUUCCGCACACCUUCCAUCAUUGAGGGUCAAGCUAGCGAAGUCAAAAUCGUCACUUUGCACGAAUACGCGAAGCAGAAUGGGUUGGGGGGCGCUGAGCACAAGGCAUCCAUGAACACGCCCUGGCGCGACGACGUUUUCGCCAAGCACAUCGCUCACAAAGGGCGCCGCACGUAUGAGUUGUUUUACGUCUUUGGCCCUGCGCCAAGAGAGCUUUAUGCCUUGUCCAGACUGCCACAACUGGCCGCUUUCUCGACCAUCGACCAGCGGAUAUCUACGACGCCUGGGGAGGGAGAUGCUGCAGUCGAGGCUUUCGUCACGACGUCUGACGGCUUGAUCAUCCCUUACCGGCUGGAGGGCAACCCGUCUCCAGGGGCGCCAACGCUAGCCUUCUCCAACUCCUUGCUCACUUCGAUGCAUAUGUGGGACCCGCUUGUUGCCAUUAUCAAGGCAGCACGCCCUGACCUUCGAAUCCUGCGGUACGACACUCGUGGUCGGAACGAUGUGCCCUCUCCGCCCGUGCCCGCCGACCUCGAGAUGCUCAGCGAUGAUCUUGCCACCCUUCUCUCGGCUUUGCGCAUAUCCAAGCUCCACGCCCUAGUCGGCGUUUCGAUGGGCGGUGCUACCACGCUCAAAUUUGCCAUCAAAUACCCUGCCCUUCUAGACAAGUUUGUGGCUUGUGAUUUCAAUGUUGCCUCGAGCGACGCCAACACAGCGGCUUGGAAGGACCGGAUUGCUGUCGCUGAAGGGCCCGACGGUGGCAUCCGGAAGCUGGCUUGUCAAACUGUUGAGCGGUGGUUCCACCCCCACACCAUGAUUCAGAAGAAGGAUGUUGCAAACUGGAUGACAGACAUGGUUGCUGCCAACAGUGUCCAGGGGUUCAGGUAUUCUUGCCAGGCGCUCUGGGAUUAUAACAUGCGCGAUGAAAUGAAGGGUAUCGAAGUCCCCGGGUUGUUGAUUGUUGGCGAAGGUGACGGAAAAGGGGCUCUGGUGAAGGCUAUGGAGGGGUUCAGGGGGUCACUGGGUCGCAGUGGUGCCGACCUCAAGAUUGUGCCCCAGUCUGGGCAUCUUCCCAUGUCCGAAUCGCCUGCUGAAUUCUGGAAUGCUAUUACCGCCUUUCUAUAG